UCGGGCGCGCUCGGGGCACCCGCUUUGGGCGCACUCUACGCGGUCGAGUCCGGCAACCCUGACCAGACCACGGCUCUUUUAAGCGGGCAUCGCUGCCGCUGCAGUUCAGUUGAGUGUCGUCCACGGUCCGUGCUUGUGCAGUGUAGUGAGUCCGCCACUCUCCGCGUGCUGAGUGCCCUGCUUCCGCACCGCGCCUCGACGAGGAGUGCUGCUCUAGCCUGACACUCGAGCCGAGGAGACAGGGGCCUGCUGCGACUACUGGCUGUGAGCCCGCUGCCCGAGCCGUCCAUCUCUCAGCAUCAACCGACGCUGCCGGACCGGAGCUGAGCAUCUUCGAAUCGUUGAGGAUGAAGAAAGGCGUGAAGCAUCUUAUUUCCAUGGCUGCGGUGUGCUCUGGUGGGACCUGCGUCUAUGCUGGUUAUAACAUUUUCAGGGGGAAUGAAAAGUUCUAUGAUAAUAUUCUUAUCCCACUGUUGCACUGCCUCAACCCUGAAACGGCUCACAACUUUGCAGUUCAAGCAUCCAAGUUUAAGUUGAUUCCACACAGUCACUUUAAAGAUCCUGAAUGUUUGACAACCAAUGUGUGGAACAUAAAAUUUGCUAAUCCCGUUGGCAUGGCUGCUGGAUUUGAUAAACAAGGUGGAGCUGUAGAGGGUUUGCUCCAGGUUGGGUUUGGAUUUGUAGAGAUUGGCUCUGUCACUCCUAUGCCCCAGCCAGGGAACCCUCAGCCUCGAGUUUUUCGAUUGCCAGAAGAUAGUGCUGUCAUUAACAGAUACGGCUUUAAUAGUGAUGGCCAUGUUGCUGUUCAUCAACGACUUAAGAACUUACGUGAAAACGGGACCGAUGGUAUUAUUGGGGUGAAUCUAGGUAAAAAUAAAACGUCAAGUGACCCUGUACAGGACUACGUAGAUGGAAUCAAGAUGUUUGGAGAUGUAGCAGAUUAUCUCGUAAUAAACGUGUCAAGCCCCAAUACUCCUGGUCUCCGAAACUGGCAGAACAGUAGCCAGCUUCAAGAACUUCUCACAGCUUUGGUGUCAGCCAGGAACGAACUCCCACAACUGAUCAAACCACCACUUCUUUUGAAGCUAGCUCCUGAUUUGACGCAACAAGAAAGAAAAGAUAUUGCUAGAGUCAUUUCCCGCAAGGAGUGCGCAGUUGAUGGUUUGAUAAUAUCGAACACAACAGUUUCUCGAGAGAACCUUCAAAGCCCUGCUGCCGGAGAACAGGGAGGGUUAAGUGGGAAGCCAUUGGCCGUCUCGUCAACUAGUUUAAUAAAAGACAUGUUUGUUUUAACCAAAGGUGAAGUUCCUAUUGUGGGAGUUGGUGGAAUAUUUACUGGCAAGGAUGCUUAUGAGAAGAUUAGAGCUGGUGCAAGCCUUGUACAGUUCUACACAGCUUACAUAUAUCAUGGACCCCCAAGAAUUACGAAAAUCAAACAGGAGCUGAGUCACCUUUUAAGUGCUGAUGGGUAUACAAACGUGGCAGAGGCUGUUGGAAAGGACGUGGAAGUUUGAUUUCCGAUUUAAGAAGUAUUGCUGUUAGCCGAUACCAGUGCAGGCUCUGUGGCUGGAGUGGUGAGCAAUCAGCUACCAGGAUUUCUUUCCUGGGGGUUGAUCCAACCGACCACCCGGGGUGCUAAUCCCCGUUACCCGAAACGUGGCCCGAAAUAAUGGCAAUUCAAGCACGGGUGGAGCGGAUCAGCAGUACACCUCACCUCUCCUCGGUGUUCUGGAAAAGGAGAACCGAUGUCGUCCAGCGACGAAUUACAGAAGGGACUAUAUGAGUGUUCACGCCGCCGAGCUGUACUUACCGCCACUUGCUGCACGAGGCAUGGCUGCAGCGUGCAACGUGUUGGUGCAGUAAGGGGUAUUGAAAUGCACGUUUUUUUGAAUUCCAUACCGGCACACCCGGAAAAGGGUU